AGGGAAGCGGGACAAUUCCACACCAAAGGGCGUUCUGCCACUCACUUCGGCACGCGCCUUCGCCUUUUUCCAAAGGGAACGGAGAUCAGCCUAACUCUGAAAGGGUCGAAUCCUGUCUGUUCCUUCUCUGCAGAUCUUCUGCCUGCUUCGGACGGAGAAGCGGUCACCUUGGCUUUCCUACAAGAUGUGAUGGACAUUUUGCUCCAGUACCUGGUGAAAAAUUUCGACCGAUCCACCAAGGUGAUUGAUUUCCACUAUCCAAACGAGCUGCUUCAGGAAUAUAACUGGGAAUUGGCGGAUCAGCCCCAGACCUUGGAGGAGAUUCUGUUGAACUGCAGGACGGCGCUGAAAUAUGCCAUCAAAACAGGGCAUCCCAGAUAUUUCAAUCAGCUUUCAACUGGAUUGGAUAUGGUUGGAUUAGCUGCAGACUGGCUAACUUCUACAGCUAACACUAAUAUGUUCACCUAUGAAAUUGCUCCUGUGUUUGUACUGUUGGAAUAUGUCACAUUAAGAAAAAUGAGAGAAAUAAUUGGUUGGCCAGGAGGUUCUGGUGAUGGAAUCUUUUCACCUGGUGGUGCCAUAUCUAACAUGUAUGCUAUGUUGAUUGCACGUUUCAAGAUGUUCCCAGAAGUUAAAGAGAAAGGAAUGGCAGCUAUUCCAAGGCUGGUUGCCUUCACUUCAGAACAUAGUCAUUUUUCAGUGAAGAAGGGAGCAGCAGCCUUAGGAAUUGGUACUGACAGUGUGAUUUUGAUCAGGUGUGAUGAAAGGGGAAAAAUGAUUCCAUCAGAUCUUGAAAGGAGAAUUGUUGAGGCAAAGCAAAAGGGAUUUGUUCCUUUUUUAGUAAGUGCCACGGCAGGAACUACCGUAUAUGGGGCUUUUGAUCCGCUGAUAGCUAUUGCAGAUAUUUGCAAGAAGUACAAGAUCUGGAUGCACGUGGAUGGAGCCUGGGGUGGUGGGCUGCUGAUGUCAAGAAAACAUAAAUGGAAAUUAAAUGGUGUUGAAAG